GAUUUUCGCACCCUGUCUGCUAAAAGGUGGACUUUGGACACUGCUCUCCACCCGCCGCACGGAUGUAUCACAAUCAACCAAGUGUGUGUGCGUGUGUGUUGGGAAUGUAGUAAUCAACGCUACGCAUAGCAAACCCUUCUCUGUCCGGCCGUGUACCGCACACAUCAACCCAGCCCAGCAUAAGACGUGUGUCGGUGAACUUCACUAGCUCGCGUAGGGUUGAACUCCGUCAACACACCGUUUGCUGUUAUUUCGCGACGAGAAGCCGAAGCGGAAAAGUCGUCCACUCGUACACAUUCAGCAAACAACUGCCACUUUCUCAUCCACACGUAAUUCGAAAGGAGAAAAUGAUUAAUACCGGAAAGCUAGCUGGACGCACGCUCUUCAUCACGGGAGCAUCGCGCGGUAUUGGCAAGGCGAUCGCUCUACGAGCCGCUCAAGAUGGGGCUAAUGUUGUGGUCGCGGCCAAGACAGCCGAUCCUCAUCCAAAACUGCCCGGCACGAUCUACACAGCAGCAAAGGAAAUUGAAGCCGCCGGAGGCAAGGCGCUGCCGUGUGUGGUAGACGUCCGCGAUGAAGGUGCCGUGCGUACCGCUGUACAGAACGCAGUGGCCAAGUUCGGUGGAAUCGAUAUUGUAGUCAACAAUGCCAGCGCAAUCUCACUAACGCCCACGGAACAAACCGAAAUGAAGCGAUACGAUCUAAUGCACCAGAUCAACACUCGUGGCACCUUCCUGGUCUCAAAAGAAUGCAUUCCCUACCUUCGCAAGAGCAACCAUGCACACAUCCUGAACAUUUCGCCACCGCUAAACAUGGCCCCGCACUGGUUCAGCAAUCACGUCGCCUACACGAUGGCCAAGUACGGCAUGUCUAUGUGUGUGCUCGGUAUGGCGAAGGAGCUGGAGAGUGCCAACAUUGCGGUGAACGCUCUCUGGCCCCGCACGGCUAUCCACACCGCAGCCAUGGAGAUGCUGACGGGUAAGGAAAGCGAUCAGUUCUCGCGCAAACCCGAAAUCAUGGCCGAUGCAGCGUACGUCAUCCUCUCGAAAGAGCCCCGGCUCGUGACGGGCAAAUUCCUCAUCGACGAUGAGGUGCUACAGGCAGAGGGCAUCACGGAUCUGAAGCAGUACGCUUGCGUGCCGGAGAAUGCGGACAAACUGAUGCCGGACUUUUUCCUCGACGUUGAGCCGGAGAAGCUGGUAGAGUUUGCGGCGGAAGGCAGCCAUGCGGCUUCGUUGAAGAAGCCUGCUGGCGAAGCCGCUGCCGGUGGCAAGAUUGAGGGACUGUUCCAGAAGAUCGAAAGUCUGCUGAGUGAAGAGAUUGUUCGCAAGACGGGUGCCGUCUACGAGUUCAAAGUGAAGGGCGAGGAAUCCGGCACGUGGUUCGCCGAUUUGAAGAACGGCACCGGCAAGGUGGGCAAGGGUAACCCGCCGGCAACGGCCGAUGCCGUGCUGACGAUGGAUUCGAAGCACUUUUUCGACAUGUUCACGGGCAAGCUGAAGCCAGCGAAUGCAUUUAUGACGGGCAAGCUGAAGAUCUCCGGUGAUCUGCAGAAGGCGAUGAAGCUCGAAAAGCUUAUGGGUGGACUGAAGUCCAAGCUGUAAAGAACCAGUGGAAACAGUGGAUGAGUGGCAGGCAGUUAUUUAAUUGGCUGAUUUUGGCUUUUCUUUCUUUAAGUGUAAGGGAAAAGUUUAAUAAAUGUUUCACUUUUUUAGUAACAUCACUCUACCUCAAACCGCCCAAACGAGCACCAUAUUUGAGCAUUUUUACGAAAAUAUAUGCCGUUAUCAGUAGAGGUUCUGCAAAAAAGAAACUAGCUAAAAAACCAGUAUAACAACAAACCAAGGCGAAAGGGCUAAUAAAUAUUCUAACAGUACUUUUUCAUAAUAAA